AUGAUCGCACCCACUAUCACAGUACCUAAUCCAACUGUCCAAAAUGCUCAAGCACGUACCGUAGCCAUGACAUUGCCAUUUCGGAUAUGGGGCAAGAAAAUCGAAAUACAGGUCAUCGAUGAAUCAACGCAAACGCCGAAUACUGCUGAUGUACAAGCAGACACCCUCGCAGUGACACCAACCGCACCAGCAAAAUCACUAAAAAAUAAACGCAAACCAAAAUCUAUCAUAUCACCAGCAUUAGCCGUAUCCCAAACAACGAGUCAGUUAAAUCAGUUAAUCGUUAGUAAAACUCAAACAAGACAUGUGCCUCCAAUGAAUAUUAUUAAACAAAAAUUAAUCGAAUUAAAUAGUCCACACAAACCAUUUCUUUUACGACGUAAAAAUGAUCAUUCAUUGAUGCUCAUUUUUAGAUCAUUACUCAGACGUUUAUGA